AUCUGUGUAAUGGAGUGUGAAGGGAAAUUGUUUUCCAGUGCUACCUGGGGACUCUGCCAUAAAGCCAUCAUUGGAAAAGAUUCUUUGUCCCUAGACCAUAGUAGCCUGGAAGAAAUGAAAUGGCCACUGGAGAUGUGGGAUGGCAGCCUGAAAGGAGGCAGAAGUAACCUGAAACAUCAUGGUGACCUGACCAGAAUGGUGGAUCUCAGCAAUGGGGAAGAUAAGCAAGUGUCCAAAUGGAGUGAUCUCAUCCGUCAGCGAAAGGCAGAAGACGACACGAGUGAUGGAAGCCAAACUCCACCUGGGGAUUUACGUGAUCAGCUCAAGAUUCCCAAGAGGGCGGGCGAUUUCCUGAGUGGCCCAUUCAACUAUGGGCAGAUGGAAGAACCUGAGGUGCAAGAGCUCCAAAAACGAUUUGGAGGCUUCAUUGGUGUUCGGAAAUCAGCCCGGAAAUGGCACAACCAGAAAAGGUUCAGUGAAUUCCUGAAGCAGUAUCUGGGGAUGUCCCCACGUUCCAUUGAGUACGAUGGCUUGGCCGAUGACCUGAAGGAACAGAAUGAGAUUUAA